AUGCUCCUCGGUCAGGGCGCGGCGCUCGACAUCGCAAACCUCAACGGGUGGACGGCGCUGCACAAGGCCGUCGAUGGCUCGGACGUGCGCACCACGAGGGCCCUCCUCGAGGCCAGGGCGAGCACGGCGUGCAAGACCAACGACGGCCAGCGCGCCCUGCGCAUCGCGGUGGGCAAGCAGAGCGCCGAGCUCACGUCGCUGCUCAUCGAACACGGGGCAAGCGUUGACGACAGGGACGCGGACGAGCGCACACCGCUGCACGUGUGCGCCAAGGAGGGGCACACGGACAUUGCCGCCCUGCUACUGCGCUCGGCAGCCGACGUCGCCGCCUUCGAUGCCACGCGCCAACGGCCACUCCACCUGGCCGCCGCACACGGCCACCUCCACACGGUGAGCCUGCUGCUUCACAACGGAGCCCCGAUCGCCGCCAAGGACGGCGAAGGCGCCACGGCGUACGACGUGGCCACGGCA